AUGCCAGAGAGCAGGAUCCACAACUAUAUGUAUCAGCUCUGCAAGUCUCUGGACCACAUACACAAUCAUGGGCUCUUCCACCGGGACAUCAAACCAGAGAACAAUCUGAUUAAGAAGGACACUCUGAAGAUGGGGGACUUUGGCUCGUGUUAGAGUGUUUACUCGCCCUACACAGAGUAAAUCUCUACACGUUGGUACAGAACCCCAGAGUGCCUCGUAACGGACGGACACUACUCUCACAAAGUGCACUCGUUCACUACUUCCCACAAAUCUAAAAUCAUUGGACUGGGAAGUGAACAAGUGCACUUUGGGAGAAAGGAGAGACCAUUGGGACGUCACUUGUUUAACCCCGCCUCUACCCUCUGUUUGAUUAUGCGAAACCCUCCACCUCUUCCUGUCUCUUGCAGCCUCUGGCCUCUCUUUCCUGGGUCAAAUGAGCUGGACCAGGGCUCAAAGAUACAUGAUGCCACUGGAACGCCCAAAGUAGCUGUCCUCCGCAAAUUCAAGCCUUGA